CACUGAUGGGUACUGAUAGUUGCCACUGCUGGGCACUGACUGGCGCAACUGCUGGGCACUGACUGGCACUGGUGGGUGGCACUGGUUGACACAUUUAGGUGGCAAUGCUGGGCACUUGUGGGCGGAACUGGUGGGUGGCACUGCUGGGCACCGAUCAUCAGGGCACUGAUCAUCAGUGCCCUGAUGGCUCUGACAGCGUGAGGAAAGUGCAGCCGACAACCGGCAAUUGCAUUUCCCGAUGAUCAGCGUGUCAUUGGACACGGCUGAUCACGUGGUAAUAUGACGCCCUCCCAGAACUGGCCGGCCGCAGUGCAGCUGUCAUUCGGCA